UGCAUACGCAUGCGCGGUGAGCGGCGCGCCGUCGGCACUUCCUGCUAAAUAGUGCUCCUUAACAACAGACUGAGGCGAGUGGAGUGAAUUACUACGAAAAACCGGAGCGCGCUGACCCUAAAUAAAACCUCGUAUACUAAUGACAGAGAGAAUAGACCUGUAGGUCUCCAGCUCCGUGGAAACGGGCCCAGUCGCUCCCUCCAAGUAUGGACGAAUCACAGGACGUGGCCCAACUACCGACAAAGAAAGCUCGGCAUGAUUUGGAUGUUGUCCAGGAGAAGGAGCCAAGGCAAGUUGGGGUGGCAAAUGACAGCAGCCCGCCACCAGGGGGUGACACCAAUUCUUACCCCCCACCUCCGGAACCCCAGCUCAGUAAAGAGAACAGUGAUCCGCAGACUACAGACACUGCGUCAGAGAACCAGGUGUCAAGUGAGACCCUCAACUCUUACCGCCACAGUGAGGUCACCUGCGAGGGCCUCACCCCCACCACAGCCAAUGACUACACUACCCAGGCAUACCAUGGAACCAAGUCCUACCCUCAGGCCACCACUCCGACUGCCAGCCCGGCUGUCACUCCCUUCCCCACCCUGACGCAGCAGCCCGCUUACUCUGCCUUCCCCCCAGUUGCCCAGGGUUACGGCCUCCCACCCUUUGGUAGCAUGUGGCCUGGUAUAAAAACGGAGACUAGUUUGUCUGAGGCACCCCCUGUUGGUCAAACUGGUUUCCUCAGCUUCAGCACAUCCUAUGCUUCAUCUCAGCCUGGCCAGAUGCACUACUCCUACCCCAGUCAAGGGUCCAGUUUCACCACUUCCAGUGUGUAUGCCAACAUCCCUGCGGUCACAGCCCCCUCCACUGCCUCCGUCACUGUGGCACCUCAGGAAUUCUCUACUUACAGCACACUGGGCCAGAGCCAGUUCCCCCAGUUUUAUACUCCACCCCCCAGCUACACGCCAGCCAGCCUUCCCAGUAGCGGUAGAGAUGGUGAGAGCGUGGCUGUGACUGGAUACACCGGAGACAAGACCGAGGGUACCACCGCAGCCAGACUGCCCAACAACACAGAUUCCCCAGUGGCUGUGGCACCCCCUGCAGGUGGCCAGGAGCGUGAGGAGGGAGGAUGCAGGAACAGUACAGGCAAGGCGAAAGGCAAGGGCCGGAAGUCUGAGAACUCGCACUCGACCGACAGUGACCUGGAGCGCAUCUUUCUGUGGGACCUGGAUGAAACUAUCAUCAUCUUCCAUUCAUUACUCACUGGCUCCUAUGCUCAGAAGUUUGGCAAGGACCCAACUGUGGUGCUGAACCUGGGCCUGCAGAUGGAGGAGCUGAUCUUCGAGUUGGCUGACACACAUCUAUUCUUUAAUGACCUGGAGGAGUGUGAUCAAGUCCAUGUGGAAGACGUUGCCUCGGAUGACAGUGGGCAGGACCUGAGCAACUACAACUUCCUGGCAGACAGCUUCGCAGGCCAUGGCAGUGGUGCAGGUCCAGGUUCUGGCAGUGUGCAGGGUGGGGUAGAGUGGAUGCGCAAGCUCGCGUUCCGGUACCGGAGGCUGCGGGAAAUCUACAACAGUUACAAGGGCAAUGUGGGGGGCCUGCUGAGCCCCAUGAAGAGGGAGCUUCUACUGAGGCUCCAGACCGACAUUGAGAGAGUGACCGAUGCUUGGAUGAGCACGGCCCUCAAGUCGCUGCUGCUCAUUCAGUCCCGGGGUCGUUGCAUGAACGUGCUGGUCACAACCACACAGCUGGUCCCUGCCCUGGCCAAGGUGCUGCUGUAUGGUCUUGGAGAGAUCUUCCCCAUCGAGAACAUCUACAGUGCCACCAAGAUAGGGAAGGAGAGCUGCUUUGAGCGCAUCGUGUCUCGCUUUGGGAAGAAGGUCACUUAUGUGGUGAUCGGAGAUGGGCGUGAUGAAGAGCUGGCUGCCAAGCAGCAUAACAUGCCUUUCUGGCGCAUCUCUGCCCAUGGGGACCUCAUCUCCCUUUACCAAGCCCUGGAGUUGGACUUCCUGUAGGGGCAGCACCAUGACAGUCCCCUUCAGGCCCCCGCGCUGACUGACACAGGCAGACUGUACGACUGGGACUGAACUGGAGGAGGCUGGACACUUGCCUGACGGAAGCUUCUUACUGGCGGCAUGGCCCUGAUGCGGGCUGGUGGUGGAUCACACUCGCUGUGAUCCGCCACGUGCUGGGGAUUGACCAAAGUUUCACACUGACCGGGUACGGCAGUGUUCUACCGUGCGCUUCAGGUCAUGAAAUACUGAUGGGCGUGCUUAAGGCUGCCAUUUGUAAAGCGUGCCAUCAUAUCUAUAUGGAUGGGUGGAUGUAUGCAUUUUUUUUUACAGACUUUAUGAGAAGUACAUUGAUGAUGAAUGUGAACGCUUUUUCUUUUUUAAAUCUUCAUUUCUGCCAGAUCAUUAGCCAGGUGUUAUGAAUCAUUUCCAUAAUGCCUGGUUCUAAAGCAGGUCCAUGUAUACAGCUUAGUACCAUGUUGCACUGUGUUAGCAAGGCAGUAGGUGGUGUGGUAAUUAGAGAACUGGAUUUGUGACCAAAUGGUUUUCUGGUUCGGGCAGGACGUGACACUGCAGCAUUUAAGCCCUGACUGUGAUUUUUUUUUUCCCGGAGUCUCCUCCGAUACUGUCUGAGAUUACGCAUGACAUUUGAAUGCAUGUUGUGUUUUUUUUUAUGCUCCUUCUGUUCUGGACCCUUUUAAAAUGUAUGUCUAUUAGUGAAAAUAGUCAUUCAUGUGUCCGGGGGUGGGGGGGGGGAGAUGACUGGGAACUCUUCAUACUGGAAUGGCCAUAUUUCAGAGUGGACACUUGUAUACUGGAACCCCAUACAUUGGCAUAUGCUUGUAAGGAACAAGGUGGUAAGACGCAUAAAAUCUAGUCUUAUUGUGCAAUACAUUUGUGGUCAGAGGUUCAUGCAGCAGCCACUGUUGGACUGUGACCAGUGGAAAGACCCCAAGACUGAUAAUCAGAGAGACAGCCUGGAGCAACGUGGUGAAUUUUGGCAUACAUACAAGCAGCUUCAUCAUUAAGAAUGUGUACUCUGUGCCCUACGUACUCUUGUGUAUUGCCGUGAGUUGAGUAUGCAUGUGUUUGUAAAUAUUUAUAUAGUGCCUUUUAAGCCGUAUAUUAGUCUGUAAGGGAGUUCCUGAAAAUGUGUCCCCCCGUACUUAUGAAAUAACUUGAUAUACAGUUCUAGAGAUGUUGUGUUGUUCCCUCCCAAAUUUUUUAUUUAAAAAAAGGAAAUCGGUGCUGAAACGUGUCCCUAUGGUAACACCUCAAGCUUUAUUUUUUUUUUUUGUCCUGCUGAAUAAUUGAUGAAUAUUCCACAUGCAGUGUAUGUUGAAACUGGACAUUGUUGAACAUGCUGUUGGGUGACGCCUUGCCCACCUCCGCA